AUGCUGUUCCUUUAUAAUCUCAGAGACGAAGGAAGUGGUGCCUCGGUAAAGGUGAAGGGUCUUUCUAAGGCAGCUCUCAUCAAAAGUCUGUCUCCUAGAGUCAUGCUGUCCAACCAACUUUUGCCCAAAGGGACCAAGAUGAAGGUCAAUCUGGAAGAUCAGACUCGUCAGAAAGUGUCCUUCAGCUUCUCACAGACCAAGAAGCCACUUCACAGCAUUUUCGUUAUCCCUUCCAGUCCUGAAAAGUCUGACACUGAAACUGACACUGCCUCAUCCCAGCCAACUAUUGACAAAGGAAGGGCCUCCGACGGUAAAAAGGAACAUAAGCAGACUUGUCCAGUGCCAAUUUCAACGGAACAUACAUCUUCACAGGUUCCAAGCUUUGCUGCAAAGCUGAAAAUUGACUUGGCAAAAAUGCAUUUCAAGAAGCAAAUACUCAGUGUGUCUGUGACAAGAGAAAAACCAACGUCUGUUUUUCGGGACGAGAAACCUGCUUCUAAUUUGCUGGUGAUGCCAAAAUCGGCAAGUAACAGCGAAACCAAAUUCUCAUCUUCCCAGCAUCAGAACCCUGCAAGUGUCUCCCCCUCUGAUGGUUCUCGUCAUCACUCUUCUGAGAGCCAGACAACCUCGAGUCUCAAGAAAACUACUUCCUCCUCAGGAAAAGAGGAUAACAGUUCCAGUUAUGAGCAGGAUAAAAAUGUAUACAAAAGGAAAACCAGGUCACAAACUGAAAGUGUUUCUACACGAACAGACGCUGAAGAUCCAACCCCAAUGUCUUCCAGACGCAAAUCAAGUGACUUCAAAAGUAAAACAAAUUUGGAAAGCAGUGGCAAACCAGUAACAUCAAAGUCAUCGUCAAGGUCACAAGGGGUAGAAAAAGAAAGGAGUUUAUCAAAACGGUCUGAGAAUCAUGAAAGGUCAUCUAGUUAUACAAAAUCAGACCGUGAUUCUAGAUACACAUCAUCGCGUUCACUACGAUCAGACAAAGAUCGAAGAAGAUCUAGAUCCAGGUCUAGAUCAAGGUCUAGAUCUAGAGGCUCUCGUACCAGUUCAUCUCACUCAAGAUCAGAGAGAUCAAGAUGCGAAAGAGCAUCACGCUCAGAAAGGGCCUAUUAUCAUGAUUCCGAUCGUAGAUCAUACAGGAGUUCUCCACGUAGAGACAGAAGACGAUCUCGUUCUCGCAAUGACAGAAAUCGUGACACUUCAGAUUCUGAAGAUGACCAUCGCAAGACGAGGACAAGGACAAGUGAAUCCAAUAGAUCAUCCACCUAUUCAAAGUCCUCUUCGUACUCAAAAUCUGACAAAACAACUAAAUCUAUAGAAUCGUCACAUUUGUCAGAGUCAGAUAAAAGAAGUCAAACCUCAUCCAUGUAUGAAAGGACUUCAAAGCGGCUGUCAGACUCUGACUGCCAGCGCAAACGCUCUCCAGUUUUAGAAUCAAGGCAUUAUAAAGCUAGCACCCAUCAUUCAAUAGAUACCAACAAAAAAUCAAAUUCCUCUUCUCAACAUACCCACAUGGAUAGUGAAAAACAUGAACAUGAAAAUCACCCAAAAAGCAGCUCUAGUCACACUGAGACUGAUCAUAGGACAAAUUCUCAGGCAAGUUCUAGUUUGGAGGAAACAUCUAAAGAAAAGAAAACUCAUCUGCUUGAUUCUAAACAGACAACCUGCUCAACUGCAGAUGAAACCAGUGAACAUGAUAGACAAUCAAAAGACAUAUUUUAUAGCCCCAAUGACAAACUAAUACAUGAAGCUUCUCUAAAACCCUAUUCAGUAGAAGAAAAUAUUAUGAACUGUAAUCAAGAGAGAAGUCUGACUGACCACCAGAAUGGUGAAUUGACAGAAACACAAUCUGACAAAUUAGAUGGACCAAAAUUAAGUUUUGAAGUGGAGAAAGAAAAUGCACCAGAAAUGAAUACAAACGACAGCAAAGUAAAUGCCACCCUAAUAGAAGUAAAUAUUGAGGAUCCUCUUCAUCCUCAAAUCAUAGCAAAUGAUCAUUUAAACGAAGCUGCUCAAAUUUUAGUAAAUAGUAAUGAUGGCAUAGUAUGCAACAUGAACGAAAUUGAAUUUUCCCAAGUGUCAAAGCUUGUAAUUAAUACAAUUGAUACACUUGCCACAAAUGACACUCAUAACUCUGAACCACAAAGUGAACAAAGUAAUGUUGAUGCUACUUCUGAGCAGGCCAAAACAAUUGCACCACUGCAUUCAGACCAACCAUAUAAAACUGAGACUCUGAUGACUCUUGAACAAAACAGAGAGAACGCUAAAAAGAACAGUCCAACUAAAAAGUCUCGAUGGGAUAUCGUUGGGCAGGAUGGCCUAGAUUGUGAAGAUUCACAUGAGACACUUUGUGCUGAACUACCCAAAAAGAUCUCUGAACAAAAAAUGGAGUCAACCAAAAAUCAAAGUCCUCUAGUAAUGAUUGGGAGCAUGCAGGAAAUUGAAACACUUUCCACACUUGCGCAAGAGGUGAUGAGGCCAGAGAAGACGGUGAGUUACGACCAUGGGGAGCCUUCCGAUAUCGCUGGUGUAGACAAUUCUCAAAAAACAAGCUUAGACCAGCCUCUGUGCAACAGUGCCGCAACACAGGUCAACAGUGCCGCUACACAGGUCAACAGUGGUGCACUGAUUGAGAGCUGGAAUGGAAACAAGGAUGAAUUUAGAGACACUUUUCCCAAUCAGGUAAGCAGAGGAGGACAGAGUGAGGCUAGUGAUAGUGACAACUCUGAGUAUGACUCUGAUUGCAGUGAGGCAAUAAAACGAUUGCACUCUGUGGUGGUUGUGCCAAAGAAUUCUACUGUAACAAGUGAGUCGCAUGACACUGGACCCUCCUCAGGCAUUCAAAGUAUCUCAGACCUCCACACUGCUAAUGAAGUGCCCGACGUGAAUAGUCAUGAAGUUCAAUAUCAAGUAAGCACUCAACAAAAACUAGAGGGUGUUUCUUUCCACACUGGCACUCUUUGUCAAUCUCAGAGUAAUAUGAUUGACAGCACUAGUCACUUAGAGGGAUCCAGCUUUACUAAUGUUUCACAGCCGUAUGUGACUGGUCCUACCAAUUUUCACCAAGGUAUGUCUAAUAUCAUGCACGACCUAAACAGUUCUGUCCAUCACGACCAACUUCAAAUCCAGAAUUAUGUUAACAGCAGAGGUGAACUGUUGCUCCCUCAAAACCAACAAUCUGCCAGUGUUGAUGCCAAUGACAGGAUUGGAUUUAACCCAAGUUGGAGUUUUUCACAGUUAGAACAGCCCAGUAGUACAUAUCAACAGCCGGACAGCAGUCAUGGACCAUCAUUACCCCAAUCUAUACUUCCAGAACCCUUCCAUAGCGUCCAGCCGCAUGAAAACCACAGUGUCUCUUGGAAAUACCAGACCUCAGACACACACGUCCUUGUUUGUAAGGAUAAUGCAGGUCAAAUCCACCCGGACUCACUCACUAAUGAUCAUGAUGACUACUGCGGAGCUAAACCACCCAAUCUUUUCAAACCAACUGGUGACUACAGUGGACAUCCUGGAGUGUCAAGUUUUGUACAAGGUCAUGAGAUAAGCAGCAACAGCAGGUGCCCAGCCAUGCCUGACCCCCCGAGGGAAAAUAGCUUUAAGACGCACAGAAGCAGAGGCCCUCCCAAGAAACGACGGCCAGAGAUCGAGUCGGAUUCGGACAAUGAGGCUGAAGCCGGACCUACUGCCAAAAAAGAGCGGCAAGGAGAAAAUGAAGCUGCUAAAGAAACUCAAGUCAAAGUUGAGGUAGUCCGUCCGUCGCUCACGUUACAGCAAUUUCAAGACUCAAAUCGAUGGAAAGAGUUUGCCAAGACAAAGAGGAUGCCCCCUUAUUUUGACCUGAUAGAAGAGAAUCUGUACUUAACUGAGCGAAAGAAGAGCAAAUCUCACCGUGAUAUCAAGAGGAUGCAGUGUGAGUGCCCAAUACUACCCAAACAAGACCGUUUACAGGGCAUGAUGGCGUGUGGGGAGGACUGUUUAAAUCGUCUGCUGAUGAUUGAAUGCUCCUCACGGUGCUUGAAUGGGCACUAUUGCUCAAACCGACGCUUUCAAAUGAAGCAACAUGCAGACUUCGAAGUCAUCCUCACCGAAGACAAGGGCUGGGGUCUACGUGCGGCUAAGGACUUGCCAUCAAACACAUUUGUGCUUGAAUACUGUGGGGAAGUGUUGGACCACAAAGAGUUCAAAGCAAGAGUGAAAGAAUAUGCACGCAACAAGAACAUACAUUACUACUUCAUGGCACUAAAGAAUAAUGAGAUCAUCGAUGCAACACUUAAGGGUAAUUGUUCUCGGUUUAUGAACCAUAGCUGCGAGCCCAAUUGUGAGACCCAAAAGUGGACGGUCAAUGGCCAGCUUAGAGUUGGGUUCUUCACCACCAAGGCUGUUAGUGCAGGAGCUGAGCUGACAUUUGAUUACCAGUUUCAGAGAUAUGGGAAAGAAGCCCAGAAGUGCUUUUGUGGAGCCCCCAGCUGCAGAGGCUUCCUGGGAGGGGAGAACAGAGUCAGUGUCCGAGCAGCUGGAGGGAAGAUGAAGAAAGACCGAACUCGAAAGAACGCUCUUACAACAGUUGAUGAGGAACUGGAAGCGUUGCUUGAGAAUGGCGAAGGGCUUUAUGACGGGAAACAAGUCGUGUCCUUGUGUAGACUUAUGGUUCGCGUGGAAACCAUGGAGCAGAAACUCACCUGUCUCAAGCUCAUACAUGACACACAGAAUCCGUCAUGUUUGAAGCAGUUCUUAGAUCAUCACGGCUUGUCCUUGCUUUGGAUCUUCAUGGUGGAGAUUUCUGAAGCCAAGGGCAAUUGUGCCAAUAACAUCAAACUACAAUCGGAAAUUAUGAAGACUCUGGCUGUGCUACCCAUCUCCACAAAGAACAUGCUGGAAGAGAGUAAAGUCCUGACCUUUAUUCAGCGAUGGGCUGAAACAAAAGCGCUCCCUCAGCCCGUUGAGAUGGAUGGUUAUUCCAGCGAGAACACGUCUCGUGCUCAAACGCCCCUCAACACUCCUGAUGCUUCCAACUCCAAAUUGGGAGCAGAAUCUGACAAGGACACUUCGAAACCUGCUGUUUACAGACGUCUUAAAAUCAUCAGCGAAAACAGUCUGGACAGCGCACUCUCCGAUGCCAGCAAAGCAUCUGAUGGCAAGGAGGAAGAAGAGGAAGAAGAUGAUGACGAAGAGGAAGAAGCUACUCAAAGUGCGCAGCCUGAUGACAAACAGAAGUUAGAUGUUAUCGAUGAAACUGCUAAUGAAGUGAAAGAAACAACAGAAGAGCAGGUGAAAGAUUUCAAAGUAGAGAAACAGGAAGAGAUAGAAAUGGCUUCAAAUGUUGAACAACAAAUUAAUCUUAAAGAGGAAAAAGACCAAACAGAGUUGGGCGAGAAGCCGUGUGAGGUAAAAGUGGACAUGAGUGAUGAACCAAGUAAGGAACUUGAGGUAUCUACCAAACCAAGUGAAGAAGAGCUUACCAUUCAGGCACCAUCAGAAACAACAGAUAUCGAAAGUGACCAGCCUGAAGUUGAGAUUCAGAAACCGGAGGUUGGAUCAAUCCAAAUAGGUGUUCCUGAUGCUUCAGCUGAACAGCCUGUUACGGACAUGGUAGCCAAGACAGAAACACUGGAGACUGAUAAGCUGUCUGCUGGCCCUGAGACUCAACCAGAAGAACCUCCCAUCACUGUUGCUCCUCCAAGCUCUGACACAUCCGAGGUCAUUGUGCCCACUGAUGACACACCAGCACCUACGGAUCCUCCAGUGAUAGAAACACCUUCCCAGGAUGAAGAGGAAGGUGUUUCCGAUGUGGAGAGUGAGCGUAGCCAGGAGCCCCAGGUCAGUGCUUUGGACAUUAGCACUAUGGCCGCCAGGCUUUUGGCAAGCUGGAAGGAUCUCAAGGAGGUGUACAGAAUACCAAAGAAGACUCAAGUUGAGAAAGAAGCAAAUGAUCGAAGUCGAGAUCGUGACUCAAAUUUGACUCCACGCAACACCUCUGGUAGUCGAGAACGGGAAAGGGAACGUGAAAAGGAACGGGAAAGGGACAGAGACCAUGACCGAGAUUGGGACAGGGAGCGAGACAGAGAAAGGGAGAGAGAAAGAGAUCGUGACAGGGAGCGCGAUCGAGACAAAACUCCACGCAGCACCGAGAGACGGAGGCGAAGGUCCACAUCCCCACCCUCUUCCUAUGAGCGGAGCAGCCGGCGCACUGAGGAGCGGUUUGACCCAUCAAAGACACCGAGGGGAGUUGGCAGCAAGGAGCGCAACAAGCUGUCUACAGAGGAGCGCAGGAAGCUGUUUGAACAGGAGGUCGCUCAACGAGAAGCCCAGAAACAGCAGCAGCAGCUUCAGGAGCAGCAGCAGCAGCAACUCCAAACUAUGGCCUACGACCCCGCGUUGGCCUAUGCCUCCACUUCUGGCUUCAUCACCUACCCACCCGGAUACCCCCUGCAGACAUUUGUGGAUCCCACCAACCCCAAUGCAGGCAAAGUACUACUACCCACGCCGACAGCUGACCCCACCUUGACCUAUGAACAGACUACUUCCCAAAGACUUGUCUCAGAUCUUGGGCUUCCAUCGCCAUCAUCAACUUCACAACCCGCUCCUGUUUCUAAUAUCUCUCAGCACAUCACCUCCGCCAACCUCACCCCUGCUGACGACCCGCAAUACGCCCAGCCUGCCGUCGCAGCCCAGGACUCGAGCGUGUCUGUCCUCUCCGUGCCUGCCCAGGCGGUGCCUCAGGUCCAGGGCCAGCAGAGCUACACCACUCUAUGGGACCCCGCCACCCAGCAGGCAGUGACCGUGCAGACGCAGCCGACGCAGCAGUACACCGCGGCCCCGGCGCAGGGUCCCACGCAAACGGCCAUCUACUACCAAGGGCAGCCGUGCCAAACUAUCUAUAGCAUCCCUACUGCAUACCCUCAGACCAACACUCCAGUCAUUCAGGCAUACUCUGACCCUGCAGCCAGCUACCUACAUGGGCAAACAGUGUAUCCUGGACAUCAGCAGAAUGUGGUGGUGCAGCAGGGAGGCACAGUCACCACCAUCGUUACUUCACAAACUGUCCAGCAGGAAAUGAUCGUACCCAACAAUGUGAUAGAUCUGCCCCCUCCUUCUCCCCCAAAACCCAAAACUAUCAUUCUACCUCCGAACUGGAAAGUGGCCCGGGACCCUGAAGGAAAAAUCUACUAUUAUCAUAUUACAACAAGGCAAACUCAGUGGGAUCCUCCUACCUGGGACGGAAGUAGUGAUACCAAUCUGGACCACGACUCUGAGAUGGACCUCGGUACUCCCACUUAUGACGAGAACCCUUCCAAGUUCUCAACCAAAACAGCUGAAGCAGACACUUCCAGUGAAUUGGCAAAAAAGAGUAAAGAGACAUUCCGCAAAGAGAUGUCCCAGUUCAUUGUGCAAUGUUUAAAUCCUUAUCGGAAACCAGACUGCAAACUCGGCCGCAUCAGCAACACGGAGGACUUCAAACACCUAGCAAGAAAGCUAACCCACGGCGUCAUGAACAAGGAACUGAAGGCGUGCACCAACCCCGAGGACCUGGACUGCAACGAGAACGUCAAGCACAAGACCAAGGAGUACAUCAAGAAGUACAUGCAGCGCUUCGGCGCCGUGUACAAACCCAAGGAGGACACCGACGUCUACUGA